UGCCAUGUCUGUCUGUGCCAUCUUACUAAAAUGUCUUAGUUGUUAAUUUUCUCAAUCUAAAGGCACGACCUGGAUUCGAGCCAAUAUCUUAAGUAGUGGAACGUGUUAUUAUUACAACCUCGUAAAAGUGACAAACUGACACGUUUUUCAUCGUCAAAAACAACUUUAUAUCGAAAGCUGCUUUUGAGGUGACGGCUUGCACAUGCGCAGUUCGGCGCGAGAUGACCGUUGGACGUGUCUGCUCAUGAGUUUAGCUAGCCAACGUCGCGAUGACAUCGACUAAAAGCUAUAUCGGACAUUUCUAUUAGAGAAGCAGUUUCUGCUUAUCUUCAUACUGUACUGUCUUUGAUUUGACUGCGUUUUCAUUGGACAGAGCCGGGGACCGGAUGACAGCUGGGGCAGGUUGGCGGGUGCGCAAGGUCUCCAGACAGUACACACCACCACUGGAUUUGACAGCCAACAGUAAACGGCGAGAAUGUUGGUCCCUGCGGGAUGAUGAUGAAAAAGAGACUGUGGCGAGUUGUGACAGUGUGCCUACUUGUGUUUUUACCGUGUUGGCACCCCACUAAGUAUGUUGGCUGCACAGAGCAGCCCCCAGAGGCUCGGAGCAUGCCUGCACCUGCUCAGGACAGCAGUGGAGAGGAAGACCCAGGCGACAAGUCCCAUCACAGGGGUGUUGUUCAGGUAGAGGAGGGCUGGGGGUCCCAAUAUGUCCAGUACCUAUCUGAAGAGGAGGCGCUGCCAGAGGGAGAGGAGGUGGAUACACAGCAGCAGGGCCUAGAGGAGGAGGAGGCGGCGGAGACUCCAGACACAGAGGUGGACGACAAGGAGCAUGUCAAGUGCCGUGAUGAUGUUUCCCAGACGUUGGACCUGGAGGAUUCUGUAGCAGAGAAGGAUCAAGAGACAGCACGGCCAGAAGCACGGCCAGAGGCACGGCCAGAGGCCCGGCCAGAGGCUGAGCAUCCACCUCCAGAGGCUGUUGUCACCCAAGAGCAGAAGCCAACCCCCGCCUCUGACCUUUCCCCUCCACCAUCUGCCCCUGCCCUCAACCCCAUCCCCGAAGACCCCUCCAUCACCCCUAGCUCAUCCUCUAGUGUACCAGAGGAAAUUGUGUCUGAUGUCCCUUUGUCAGAAUCCAGCGACGUUGAUCUGGCCAUAGCCGACUGUGAAGCUGGAGAAACCAACCCCUUUGAUGGCACCCUCACCAGUCUUCCCGUUGUCCUGGAGAACACAUCCAAUGCCCUGGGAAAGGGCACCAAGACUGACAUAGACCCCCCUCCGGCCCAGGCAGGUCAGGCCUUAGUGGGGCUGGCUCAGGGGGCCAACGCCUCCCACAUGCUCAAAGAACAGGGCUUGAUCUCACACAUCGCCACAGAGACAGUUCCCAGCGUGGCAACCAAGGACCCGGAGGACAACCCCACCUUUGACGAGUGGAAGAAGAAAAUGAUGGAGGUGGAGACAGAGAAGACUCAGGCCACUCAUACCUCCACCAACGGCGGCUCCCACGCUGUAAAGAAGGUGCAAAAGAACUUCAACAACUAUGCAUCGGUGGAGUGUGGGGCAAAGAUCCUGGGUUCUAACCCAGAGGCGAAGAGCACUUCGGCCAUAUUAAUGGAGAGCAUGGAUCAUUACAUGUUAAAUCCCUGCAGCAACAAGAUCUGGUUCAUCAUUGAGCUGUGUGAUCCCAUCCAGGUGAAGCAGUUGGACAUCGCUAACUUUGAGCUCUUCUCUUCCACACCCAAAGACUUCCUGGUCUCCAUCAGUGACAGGUACCCAACCAACAAGUGGGUGAAGCGGGGAACUUUUCAUGCUCGGGAUGAGCGCACUGUUCAGAGUUUCCCUCUGGAUGAGCAUCUGUAUACCAAAUAUGUCAAGAUGUUCACCAAGUACAUAAAGGUGGAGCUGGUCUCUCACCAUGGAUCUGAACACUUCUGCCCUCUCAGUCUCGUAAGGGUGUUUGGAACGAGUAUGGUGGAGGAGUACGAGGAGAUCGCUGACCCCCUGGACAGACCAGAAGACCAGGAUGGCGACCAGGAUGACCACCUCGAUUAUCCUUCUGGAUAUGUCCCUGUAGAGGACGAGGCGUCUAAUGACCUCAUAGGAUCAGCCAAGGAUGUCAUUCUGAACAUGGUGAACAACAUUAAAGUCAACGUGCUGGGAGGAGGACCAGGGGAAGGGAACUUCUCAGGCCAGGCAGUGAAUAUGACUGCCAGUGAAUCUUCAUCUGACCCCGACACCACCUCCGCCGUCAGCCCUGUGCUUGACAUUGUAGGCGUUGAACAGUCUGAGGUACCAGAACACCCUGUCACUACCACAGAGGAUCACACACCAGAGCCCCCUACUCCAGAACCCCCUGUCACAGAGGAACCCAAACUAAAGAAUCUAACUGGGGAGGAGCCGGUUGUGACUCCUAUAGAGGGGGAGGUCCAGUCCAUAGUUACCAUGCUGGAGAAGGAAGAGGAGGAGAGGGACAGAGAGGUGCACCAUUGCCCUUGCCUCCGACAGCAAGAAAGCCUUGACUACUGUGGCCUGUCUUCCUCCUAUCCUUGCUCCUGCUCAGCCUCCUUCCAGGAGUACCUCCUCCACCAGUGUUUCGUUCAAAGGACCUGCACCAGCCAGGAGAGGGAGCCAGAUGCACCCCCAGUCUCAGGAACCAGCAUCGCCCCGUCACAGCAUCUCACCAUCUCCCCCACGGCCACUCAGACCCCACAGCAGCCCCACACUCUGGGGGAACAGCCUCAGGAGAGAGAAGCCAGCUCUGUCCUUGGGGAGAGGGCAGCAAGUCCCACUCAAGCCCUGCCACACCUUCCAUGGGUUGAGACGGAGGCAGUGGGAGAGAGAGAGCCCAGCACUGAGCUGCCCCACCUGGAGCCCAGCCAGACCUCCACCCUGCCCAGGCCCAGCUCCACCGACAUUGCCAGCUCUGCCACUAGGCCCACCCCUACCAUGGAGCCUUCUCACCAGGCCUCCUCGAAAGACCUGCCCGGGCAGAAGCAGCCAUCCACUGGGGCAGAGAAUAACCGGGAGGUGCAGCAGGAGGAGAACAGACAGCCUUUUCCCACUGUCACCACCACCACCUCCUCCAGCCCCUGUGGCCCACUAGAGCAGAGUUGGAGAGCCCCUGUAGAGAGGCCCUUUCCGGACGUCCAGCCUGCCAAACAAGACAUCCCGGUCAUCCACACCCCACAUGUGGCCGAUCCCCUCCCCACUGUCUCCACCCCCACAGUCUCCACCCCCACAGAGCAGCAGCAGCAGCCUCCCGCCCCCACAGCUGAACCAGAGAGUGCUGCUGGCAGUGGCAACACUACUCCUGGGGAGUCCCACUCUGUCCCCGUCGUGGUUAUGACAGAACCCCCCUCGCGUGGCCAGGCUGUCGCAACGGAAACCAAGGGGGAAGCAGAGCUUGUGGAGGACAUCCUCUUCACCUCGUCGCCCAAUGGCAACGGGCAGCAGCUGCUUCCCCCACCCUCCCCCUCGGACUUCUACGCAGAGCUCCACAAACCCACGGAACAGGCGAACGGGAACCCGAUGCACGGCUCCACCAGCCAGAAGGAAUCUGUGUUCAUGAGGCUCAACAACCGCAUCAAGGCCCUGGAGAUGAACAUGUCACUGAGCGGACGCUACCUGGAGCAGCUCAGUCAGAGGUACCGAAGGCAGAUGGAAGAGAUGCAGAGGGCUUUCAACAAAACCAUCAUCAAACUGCAGAACACAUCCAGGAUAGCAGAGGAGCAGGACCAGAGACAGACGGAGUCCAUCCAGUCGUUGCAGGGCCAGCUGGAAGACAUCACACAGCUGGUUCUCAACCUGUCUGUCGGAGUCAGUCAGCUGCAGAGCCAGGUGUCUGAAAGGCAGAGUUACCUCCUGCUGUGUCUGGUGUUGUGUUUGUUCCUGGGGUUGCUGCUGUGUGUCCAGCACAGUCGCAUGUCUGCCAUUGAUCCUCCCUCCACAGACCCAGCGCCUCCUAUACCCAAGAGCUACAGCUACUGCUGCCCAGAGAGGCGUUUCUGGGAAUAUGAAGACAUGAGCUUGAAGAGAGGAAUGUCAUAUCCUCUCCUGCACUCGGGCUCCUUCCAGGUACCCACCACUGAAGGUCCAGAGUCACCACACACUGUUGAACCAUUGAGUUUUCUACCAGCUAAUAAAAAGAAGAAACGGAGUAAGAUGAAGACUGUGGAAACCUUGAAAUGCACUGCACUCUGCGCUCCUCUGCUUGCUCACGGAGCACCCGUAUGUAAUGGUGGCACCACAGACCCUACACCCCGCAUGGGGCGUCUCAGCCACCACGCCUUCAUGGACCCCCCUUCCGGGGGCAGUUCAGAGAGCUCCUCCCAGUCGGACGAGCCCUCCUUAUGCGGCCUUGCCUCCACCUCCUGCACUCGCCUCUGUGACGGCCUGCACCCGCCCAGGGGCAGGGCAGAGAAGCGGGCGUUCAAGCGGCAUCGCUCCAAGCCUGGGUGCGUGGUGGUGGAGGAUCUCCUGCAGGCCCCACAGAGAGAUGCAACACCCAUAACUCCCACCCUGCAGGACCUCAUGGGGGGAAGGAAGGAGCUGUCUGCAGGGAUGUUGGGAGUGACUGCGCUCUGAGGUCCUGUCGGACCUAGACUAAAUUCUCCUCGUGUCUGCUCCUCCUGAAAACCGACUCUGGAACAGUCACCCCCUGAAAGGAGGGAUGUUGUCAUCCUUUUAUACACAGGAAGCUUUAGGUCAGGAAUAAGACAAUCCCUAUUCGUCCACCUCCCAACCAGUAUGUUAUGUUCUGUCCAUGUUCUCUGUUGAACCUUUGUCAGGCUCUGAUGUUUCUUUCUUGCUUUGACCAAUGGAAAAAAAUAUAUUUUCCAUCUGUCCUUCAAAAUGUUGUUUUUCGUUGUUGUAAAUACUGUCAACCCUACAGCUGCGCCAUGUAACAAUCAAACCUGCAAAUAAUAGCCAAUGUCAAUGAUGGGCUAAAGGAAUAUUUAAAAAAAAAUAUAUAUAUAUAUAUAUAGUUUUGAAGAUGCUUUUACUGGGGAAUGGCCGGUCUAGACACAUCAUUCAUAGAAACAGUAGUGUCUUCCUGUACUGUAUCCAGAUCGAUUCUCAUUCUCUGAAGUUGAAACCUUUUUACAACUGUUAUGCUUUUACCAGCCCAGCUGCCACUUCUACAGUACACAGGGAUGCAAGACCGCCUACACUGAACAAAAAUGUCAACGCAGCAUGCCACAAAGAUUUCUGAGUUACAAUUCAUAUAAGUAAAUGAGUCAAUUUAAAUCAAUUCAUUAGGCUCUAAUGGACUUCACAUGACUGGGUAUACAGAUAUGCAUCUAUUGGUCACAGAUGCAGUACCAGAUAAGUUUGGACACCUACCUUUUUCAAGGGUUUUUCUAUAUUUCUACUGUUUUCCUACAUUGUAGAAUAAUAGUGAAGACAAAACUAUGAAAUAACACAUAUGGAAGCAUGUAGUAAUCAAAAUAUAUUUUAUAUUUGAGAUUCUUCAAAAUGGCCACCCUUUGCCUUGAUGACAGCUUUGCACACUUGGCAUUUUCUCAACCAGCUUCAUGACGUAGUCACCUGGAAUGCAUUUCAAUUAACAGGUGUGCUGUUAAUUUGUUGAAUUUCUUUCCUGAAUACGUUUGAGCCAAUCAGUUGUGUUGUGACAAGGUAGGGGUGGUAUACAGAAGAUAGCCCUAUUUGGUAAAAUACCAAGUCCAUAUUACAGCAGGAACAGCAGAGAGACACAACAGUCCAUUACUUUAAGACAUGAAGGUCAGUCAAUGAGGAAAAUGUCAAAUGUGAUUUAUUUAGAAUUCAAGGCACACGUAUUAACCAGCAUGGCUACCACAGCAUUCUGCAUUAAUACGCCAUCCUAUCUGGUUUGCGCUUAGUGGGACUCAUAUGUUUUUUAACAGGACAAUGACCCAAAACAUACCUCCAGGCUGUGAAGGGCUAUUUGAUCAAGAAGAAGAGUGAUGGUGCGCUGCAUCAGAUGACCUGGUCUCCACAAUCACCCAGUUGAGAUGGUUUGGGAUGAGUUGAACCACAGAAUGAAGGAAAAGCAGCCAACGAGUGCUCAACAUAUGUGGGAACUUCUUCAAGACUGUUGGAAAAGCAUUCCAGGUGACUACCUCAUGAAGCUGGCUGAGAGAAUGCCAAGACUGCAAUGCUGUCUUCAAGCCAAAGGGUGGCUACUUUGAAGAAUCUGAAAUAUAAGAGAUUUUGAUUUGUUUAACACUUUUUUUGGUUACUACAUGAUUCCAUGUGUUAUUUCAUAGUUUGGAUGUCUUCACUAUUAUUCUAAAAUGUAGAAAACAGUAAAAUUAUGAAAAACCCUUGAAUGAGUAGGUGUGUCCAAACAUUUGACUGGUACUGUAUAUACAGUGCAUUCUGAAAGUAUUCAGACCCCUUGACUUUUUCAACAUUUGUUUAGUUAAAGCCUAAUUCUAAAAUUGAUUCAAUUAAUUAGUUCCUCAUCAAUCUACGCACAAUACCCCAUAAUGACAAAGCAAAAACAGGUUUUCAGAAAAUAGAAAUACCUUAUUUACAUAAGUGUUCAGACCCUUUGCUAUUAUGAGACUUGAAAUUGAGCUCAGCUGCAUCCUGUUUCCAUUGAUCAUCCUUGAGAUGUUUCAACAACUUGAUUGGAGUCCACUUGUGGUAUAUUCAAUUGUUUGAAAAGGCACACACCUGUUUAUAUAAGGUCCCACAGUUGACUGUGCAUGUCAGAGAAAGAACCAUGCCAUGAGGUCGAUGGAAUUGUCCGUAGAGCUCCGAGACAGGAUUGUGUCGAUGCACAGAUCUGGGGAAGGUACCAAAAACCGUCUGCCGCAUUGAAGGUCCCCAAAAACACAGUGGCCUCCAUCAUUCUUAAAUUACGUUUGGAACCACCGAGACUCGAGAGCUGGCUGCCCAGCCAAGCUGAGCAAUCGGGGGAGAAUGGCCUUGGUCAGGGAGGUAACCAAGAACCCAAUGGUCACUCUGACAGAGUUCCAUAGUUCCUCUGUGGGGAUGGGAGAACCUUCCAGAAGGACAACCAUCUCUCCAGCACUCCACCAAUCAGGCCUUAUGGUAGAGUUGCCAGACGGAAGCCUCUCAGUAAAAGGCACAUGACAGCCCGCUUGAAGUUUGCCAAAAGCCACCUAAAGGACUCUGACCAUGAGAAACAAGAUUCUCUGGUCUAAUGAAACCAAUAUUUUACUCUUUGAUCUGAAUGCCAAGCGUCAUGUCUGGAGGAAACCUGGCACCAUCCCUACGGUGAAGCAUGGUGGUAGCAGCAUCGUGCUGUGGGGAUGUUAUUCAGCGGCAGGGACUGGGAGACUUGUCAGCAUAGAGGGAAUGAUGAAGGGAGCAAGGUACAGAGAGAGAUCCUUGAUGGAAACCUGCUCCAGAGCGCUCAGGACCUCAGACGGGGGUGAAGGUUCACCUUCCAACAGGACAAUGACCCUAAGCACACAGCCAAGACAAUGCAGGAGUCUCUGAAUGUCCUGAAUGUCCUCCCCCAAUACAGGUGUGCCAAGCAUCAUACCCAAGAAGACUGAAGGCUGUAAUCGUUGCCAAAGGUGCUUCAACAAAGUGCUAGAGUAAACUGUCUGAAUACUUAUGUAAAUGUGAUAUUUCUUUUUUUUGUGCACACAAAAUAACCUUUUUUUGCUUUGUCUUUAUGGGGUAUUGUGUAUAGAUUGAGGGAUUUAAAAACAAAUGUAACAAAAUGGGGGGUCUGAAGGGGUCUGAAUCUGUUUGUUGAGAACGCUCUAAUGCAAUUACUAUUUUACAUUCUGAUUCCUUCUUUUAAUUGGGAUUUAUUCAACCCGUAUGCAAAUGCAGUUGCAUUAUUUUUACGCCAUUCCAUAGAAUCCUGGGGUCAUCGACUACACUUCUAUUGAUUAUCAUUAAUUAAUUUAAAAUGUAUUCCAGAAUGUAGUUUUUUUUUCUCGUGGCUCUUUUUAGGGGAAUCUGAAAUGUGCAGUUGGCAGUAGUAAGCGUGGUGAUCAGAUGAGCGCAUAUGUUUCUAUUUUCUUAAUUGUAGAAGAUACAGGUGGCAGGGUAGCCAAGUGGUUAGAGCGUUGGACUAGUAACUGGAAGGUUCAAACCCCCGAGCUGACAAGGUAUGAAUCUGUAGUUCUGCCCCUGAACAGGCAGUUAACCCACUGUUCCUAGGCCGUCAUUGAAAAUAAGAAUUUGUUCUUAACUGACUUUCCUGGUUAAAUAAAGGUAAAAUAAAUAAAAAGAUAAUAUAAAUUACAUUCUCGAAAGAAUGGUUUAUGCCUAUUUGAGUAGAAAGUGUACUCUCUUGCUUUUGGAGUAUGUCUUCACCAGGCAUCAAUGGGGUUGUAAUCAGACAUGUUGGAGAGCCUUUGGUUGCGUGCGGAUUGUAGGUUGUCUUAUUAGAUGCGUCCUGCAUGUCCGUCCCAACAACCAUUUAGAAUCCAGUUAAUUCUAAAAAUAUGCUGUUCAGUGACUCAAAAAAACAACAUAGGAUCAUAUGUUUUUGGAUCAUACAUAUGAAUAAAGGCAAUUUUAUUUCCA